GGGCGUUCUGGUGACGUAGGCCUAAUCGAGUCUCCUCCUUCGGUGAUGCAGGAAGAUGGGGAACGGGUCCAUUGACCCUCCGCGUAGUUGUAAAUUGCACGGAGCAAAACUGGAAUGAAUACUCAAUUGGGAAAGAUGUGAAUUUAGCCCUUGUUAAAGUGGAAGAAUGGGGCAGAGGCUAGUAGAUAAGCACGGACAGCAGAGUCAGAGGAUGGUGAUCUUUGGAGCCAUCUUCCUGCUGAUGACUCUCCUGAUACUCUACAGUUCGAACAGCGGCAAUGACAUCUACACUCCAUUCCGUAACAGUUACCACCACAUCGUCAAGUCCACUAACCUCAAGAAAUGGUCUGGCAAGGAGGGCUAUGUGGCCGUCUAUGGUAAUAAGAGCAUGACCCUGCACUGCCGUGAGUGUGCCCUGGUCACCAGCUCCAGCCACAUCCUCGGCCGUGGCGUGGGGGAAGAGAUCGACCGCACGGAGUGCGUGAUCCGCAUGAACGACGCGCCCACGUCCGGCUUCGAGCAGGACGUGGGGAAUCGCAGCACGGUGCGGGUGGUGGCCCACUCCAGCGUGUUCCGGGUGGUCCGGCGUCCGAACGAGUUCCUCAACAAGACCCCCGGCGUGGUGGUGGUGUUUUGGGGGCCCCCGACCAAGAUUGGCAAAGACGCCAAGGGCACCCUGUUCCGGCUGAUCCAAAGAGUCAGCAUGACCUUCAGCAAUCUGUCCAGUUUCACCAUUGCGCCCAGCAAGAUGAGGAAGUUUGACAGCCUCUUCCAGAAGGAGACUGGCCGAGACAGAGAGAAGUCACGAUCAUGGCUGAGCACUGGAUGGUUCACCAUGGUGAUUGCCAUUGAGAUUUGUGACAACAUUCACGUAUAUGGUAUGGUUCCUCCCAAUCAUUGUAGUCGGAGACCACAGCCCAAAAAAAUGCCCUAUCAUUAUUAUAAGCCCAGAGGCCCAGACGAAUGUGUGACCUACCUUCAGAACGAGAAGGGACGAAGAGGCAACCAUCACCGCUUCAUCACAGAGAAGCAUGUGUUUGCACGCUGGGCCAAGCUGUAUAACAUCACCUUCUCACAUCCCAAGUGGUGACUUCUGGAAGGUAUUGAGAAUGUGGUUGGAGAAAAAGGGGGCAAAGGUGUCUGGUGGGGUUGCCUGGACUCUGGAGACCCCGUGCACAUAUAUUCAUUCAGUUCUGGCUGCGGACCCUUGUAGUUCCACAUUCAAUAGGGGACUUCAGAAGUCCCUUUCCCCGGUCACUUUUGACAAGUCAUCGUUGCGGAGGUAAGAUCAAGGGUAAAUGUGAACGCAAGUACAGACUUCAGCUGAAAGUGUGGAAUUGGAGACAUAAUUAAUUUCCCCCAUAAAUAAAUAAUGCAUGGGGCAUUUGACCAGAUGAUCAUAUGGAUUCAGUGGUCCACUGUCUAAAAUAUACAAAGCAGAGCCUAACAGAGCAGACUUAUUUUUGCUAGGUCUGAAUAUGAACCUCAUGGGGUAGGCUGAGGUCAAUGGAGGAAAGUUUUGUAUAAGUUGGUUUCCUAAAGAUGUAUUUUUACAUGUUUAUAGUGCUUUUUUAACAAAAAAGGUGCACAGAACAAAAUAACAUUCACAAAUGCAUCAGUUAACUUGGGUAUAAAAAUAGAAAUAUUAUGCCUGAAACAGUAUAAGGACUUUUAUUCAAGAAUUUAAAGAAAGUAAACAUAGCGAUUUAUGUCCAAACGAAUCCCUGCAACAAUUUUGUGUACCGCCACAAUGUUCAUUUGCUCAGAAGACUUUUCCAUCACCAUCAGUGUUCUCACAAAUGAUAAUGUGCUUUGAAUAUUAAGCAAGCAUAUCCAUAAACCCUCAUGGAUUUUCUCAAAGGUGGUCAGGUGAUGAUCAUCAUUUACAAGUACAGCUACGACAAAAACACAAUACUCUGCCAUUUUAUCAGUGCAUCAACACACUAUGCUGUGUUUGUGAAAAGAUAAUGGAUUUGUCCAAGACACCAAGAAAAUGUUUUCUAUGAUUUUUGUUCACCACCUAACAAAUGUUGGAUUCUCUGCACUACGCAAGGCUCAUGAGGCAUGCAGCUAUUUGAUGUUUGAAUGAUGUAAAGAAUGUAUUAUUCUCAUUGAUGUAAUAUUUGUGACACCAUUUUGUCACUCAUUAUUUGAAUGUUCUGUAAAGUGAGACAAAUUUGAUUGUGGAGUCUUCACAUUACAUAAAUUUGAGCAUAUUUAAA